ACCAACUCCCGGUUUGCGCCCUGCCUGUGUCGCUGUCGUCUGUCUGGCUCCUUAUGCAGGCCAUAAAAACGCACAGUUUCAUCUUACAUAUUGAGUUUUACUGACCAGGAUAUUGUUUCCUCUUUGCUAACGUACUGGGUAUGUGCCUGCUGCAGACGAUUGAUGAUGGGGGUCUUUUCCAUUGUCUUCUAUUGUGUCUAUACGUGAAAUCGCCUGAGCAGAAAACACGUGGGCCGAGUAGUGUGAAGAUAUCCGGUUUGUACGUUGCACGGAAAGCCAAUAACUCCCGACUGCCUCCGCUAUGGUGAACCGAGUCAGCUAUAACCUGGACAAAAGAAGGGAGCCUUGAUGUGGGCAGUAUGAGUAAGACGCCCCCUAACAGAAGAGGGAUAUCUUUUGAGGUGGGAGCUCAGCUUGAGGCCAGAGACAGCCUCAAAAACUGGUAUGCUGCCAACAUAGAGAAGAUUGACUUUGAAGGUGAAAAAGUACUAAUCCAUUACCGGCAGUGGAGUCACCGUUACGACGAAUGGUUUGACUGGACGAGUCCCUACCUGAGACCCGUGGAGAGGGUUCAGCUGAGGCGGCAGGGCCUGCAGGACGACACUCCUGUACCUUAUGUUCCAGAUCGAAUGUAUCCUUCCUCCCUCCAGGGCUUUCAUGUGAACGACAAGGUCCUGGCCAGCUGGUCUGACUGCCGUUUUUACCCCGCUAAGGUCAUUUCUGUCAAUAAAGAUGCAUCCUACACUGUGAAGUUCUAUGAUGGCGUUAUCCAGACAGUGAAGGGGAUACACGUGAAGCCAUUUAUUAAAGAGAGAGGUGGUGUUGGUGGAGGGAAAUCUCGGUCCACCGAAAGGAACAUGGUAAGGAGGGCCCCGACCCGCAGAGACAGGAGGCCUCAGGAGAACGGUGGUCCCAAGAACAAGCGAGCCAGACGCAGCACCUCUGACCAGGAGGAGGACAGCAACAGUGAGGACGAGGAGCGGGAAGAGAGGAUGGUGAAUGAGAAGAGCAAGAAAACAAACGGUGAGGUAGAGGCUGCACCCACUAUCAAACAGGAAGAGGAAAUACAAGAGCAAGCAGACCAGAACAAGCCCAGGGAUGUAGAAAAGGGGGCAGGACUCACGAAUGGGGUGAAGGUGGAGGAGGAUGAUGAGCAUAAUGAGAAAAGGUGUCACGUAAAUGGAGAGGUGAAGAAGGAAGAGGAGGAAAUAGAACAGAGUGGAACAAAGCCAUACACAGAGACGCCGAAGCCAUACACAGAAUUUCCCACUCAGACGUCAGCACAGAUGGAGCAGGUGCCUGUCACUAUGACAACCACAGAGUCCAAUGGAGAUGUGGAGCAGAAGCCAAACGUCCAAUCAGAAAGCUCUCAGCCUGCGGUGGACGUGCCGCCACCUCAGCCUGUGAAACCGGUGAGGAAGCAGGGUUUCCACAACCCCAACAGAUUCAGCAGAGAACCAUUGUACCGAGUUAUCAAAAACCAACCUCCCCCUGUCCUGUCCAUCAACCUCGACCACAACCCAUUCAAGUGCAGCGCUCCCGGCUGCACAAAGUCAUUCCGUAAGGCCAAGCUGCUGCACUACCAUAUGAAAUAUUAUCAUGGCGAGGAGCAGCCUCCGGAGGGGGAGCGCAGCCCCACCAGGAGUGUCCAGACCAGGGCCUCUGAGAAACAGGCUACUACUACCAGUUUGGACGGCCCGAAGAGAAGGCGCACCAUCUCUGCUUCUAUGCACUCAGUUGGGCCUACUGCAGCUCCCCGUGGCGAGGUGAAGACUGCAGGCAGGCGCACAUCAGCCCCGCCUGCAGUCAACACCCAGAGCCAUCAGCACAGGGCACUGCUGAGGGAGAAGAGCAAGGAGAACCAGCUGGACAGGAACGGAUGCCAGCAGCAGGACAAGGACUCAGACAAGAGCGGCUUUGACAUUGGGUCCGUGAAAGACAAACUGAAAGAGAAACCGAAACAGAAGGACUUCCUCCGCAUUAAACUAAAGAAGAAGAAAAAGAAAAAGAAGGCCAAGUCCGACUACACAGGUAGUGAGGAGAAUAUUGACAUCUCAGUAUUGGGUCUUCAGUCCAAAUUGAAUUUGCCACUCAAAUUCCCCCCCUCACACAAUCACAAGCCUGAGGCCUACCCCAGCAGGCCUGGAUACAGCUACUCACAGCAGAUACAUGUGGAUGAUGAGGACAGCAUCAGUGACUGGUCCACAGACAGCUGUGGAUGGAGCGACGAUGACUUUGGGGUGGAUUUGGAUGUCACCACGCCUCCCCUGAGUGUGGACUCUGGUGCUGUCGAUACAAGUGACCAAGAGAUUGUGCGAUGUAUCUGUGAGGUGGAGGAAGAGAAUGACUUCAUGAUUCAGUGUGAAGACUGUUUGUGCUGGCAGCAUGGCACCUGCAUGGGCCUGCUGGAGGACAAUGUUCCAGACAGAUACACCUGCUACAUCUGUAGAGACCCACCAGGUCAGAGGCAGAGUCUGCGCUACUGGUAUGAUCGUGAAUGGUUGAGCAAUGGUCACAUGUACGGCUUGUCCUUCCUGGAAGAGAACUACUCUCACCAAAAUGCCAAAAAGAUCACCACCACCCACCAGCUGCUGGGAGACGUGCACCACGUGGUAGAGAUCCUCAACGGACUGCAGCUUAAGAUGAACGUCCUACAGAGCAAUACCCACCCGGACUUGCAGCUGUGGCGGCAGCCCUGGAAGCAUAUGGAGAGGUCACGGACCGCCUCUGACUCGUGUCGUGGCAGUGAUGCAGCCCCAUCUCCUGUGACCCCUGAUGAGGACAUGAGCCGAGGUGAAAUUUUAAUGUCCAAUGCUCUGGAGAAGCUGAGCCGGGCUGCUACAGCUGCCACCUCCUCUUCGUCCUGCUCCUCCUCCCCCUUCCCAUCCUUCCAGGACUCUUACAUUACCAGUGAACAUUGCUACCAGAAGCCGCGGGCAUAUUACCCGGCAGUGGAGCAGAGGCUGGUGGUGGAGACCCGACAGGGCUCCGAGCUGGAGGACAGCAUGAGAAGCACAGAGGAACUGUUGGAACGGGAGCAGCGCUAUGGGAGCCUGCUGGAGACAGACAAGCCCAAAUCAACAGGCACCAGUAACAAGGUUUCAAUGGGUGGCUGUUGGUCCCAGGCUGAGACUAGGGAAGAGGGUGGAAGAGAUCCUGGAGAAGCUGCAGAUAACAGCAGGCAGCAUCAGCAGAGGCAGAUCAACCUGCUGGAUCACAUCGAUGCAGUCCAGGAUGAGGUCUCACACAGGAUGGACUUCAUUGAGAGGGAGCUGGAUGUGCUGGAGAGCUGGCUGGACUACACCGGGGAGCUGGAGCCUCCCGAUCCUCUGGCCCGUCUGCCUCAGCUCAAACACCGCAUGAAACGGCUGCUGACACAGCUGGGCAAGGUGCAGCAGAUCGCCUUGUACAGCUCCACAUGAGGGCACCAGAGCACAGCAGCAGCUUCAGUCCCCACACAGCAUGCCGAGACGGUGCAGCGGAGGCAGCUCCCUGGUCCCUGGCUGCAAAGAUAAUGAUAUUAAUGCAAGUGCGAGAGAUUGUUCAGCACAUUCGCUCUGACCUGACUUCUGCAGCUGUUUCUCCUUCUCAAAAAGGUUGUCUGUGGUGGAAUCCGAUGCUACAGCCAGCCAGUGUCAUAUAUUGAUAUUUAUAUGAACAUGUAUGGAAAGAAAGCAUCAUAAAUCAGGAUUAAACACAAAAAGUAACCUCGUAAAUGCAGGAGAAAAUCCUUAGGACCAGAUUACACUUCUGUGGUUCCCAUGCAACUUUAAACCUAAUGAAUGCCUUGUGUCGGAGCUACUGCUUAAGGUUGCCCUGUCUCUCUCAGUACACAGUGCUUUACAUGCAGAAGCUUUAUAUUCGGAAUUGCAAUCAAGUUCCUGAACCUACACGGCCUCUUUGCAAUAGUUUCUUGAACACGUUUUCAAAUGGUCACUGUUAUUGCAUCAAUGUCCCAAAGUUCACUUUACGUCACCUGUCACGUCAUGUCACGUUGCAUUAAAACCCUCACCGUAAGAGUGGGCAGACGUUAACUUGAAGACAUCCAGUAUGUAAGGACACUGUUGAAGCAGUCUCUACAAAUAAUCUGUUCUGUUUGACCUCCUCAAGGUUUUGUUUUCUACUACACUGUGAAGUUAUUUUUGUCUGGAAUCAAAGGCAUCUUAUUUUCAGUUUUAGAGACAUUAACAAGUGUGAUUUCUGUUUUGUCUUAUUCUGUAAGGCUUCUUUUCUAACAGUCCUCCCAUCCGUGUACCAGUUUAAUCAGUUAAUGUGUUUGUCAGUUACUGUAUCCUUUACUUCAAUUAACUCUUUGCAUCGUCGUUGCUGUAGCACUUGACCCAUGAUUCACUGAAAACUGUAAUGUGGACUUGUCUUUUCUUAACCUUAGCAUCUUGUGCUCUGUCGGUGACAAAUACUACUUAGGAGACCUGUUUUUUUUCUUUUUCUGUUCUGUUUCAUCCGUUUAUUUUCAGUAUUUGGCUUGUUUGUAAAUAUGUUAUCCAAAAAAUGUCCUAUUCUUUAUUGAAAACAUUCUCUGAACUCAUAUAUUGUAUGCUACUGUACUGUAAGUGUCUGGCUUAGAAGCAGGGAAAUGUCAAAAACAAUGCAAACAGAUUUGCUGGUACAUAAAUAAACUAUCAUUGUUAUUAAUCACGA